CAUAGUGCAACUUGCGUUCGAAUCCCGACGGUACAAAGACCUAUCGAUCGUUACUAAUAGGGAUAUAUAGUACGGAUACUGGUUUUGAUAGUUGUCGUCAACCAUUACAAGUAACCGUUCUGUAUUGUACUGAAGAAGGGCUUGGAUAUCAUCACUCGGGUGCAGAUAUUUUAAAUAAAGCAAUCACAUCACAUGUGAGUGGAAUUAUGAGGGGGGCGAGGUACGACAGCAACACGGAGCUGAUGGACCUGUACAGCAGCACUUCCUGGCCGCGACACGACCACGGUGACCACGUGCAAGCCAUCCUUGACAUGAGUGAGGCGUACUUGCACGCGGCGGCCAACUGUCACGAGGACAGAGCAGCCUAUAGUGACAGGUGGGUCAACAGCUGGUCUACGCAGCAGAAGAAGCAGAGAACCCGACGGACUUACAGUGCUGAUAGAUACAGGCAUCAGCUUCACCACGCGAGGCGCUACAGCGCAGGCGCCGAGUGGCGGCGGCGGGACAAUUCAGAGACCGAGGACGAAGAUGAUUUAAACGAGCACCUUGCGAGGUGCCAAUGUUCUUGUGACCACAUGGGUUAUACGUCGAGUUCCCAGCAACACACACAGGAGGAUGUAGGUGAUAAUGACAGCAGGAUUCACUAUCCAACGGAAGUUGAUUGCGCCUCCGUCAAACCGGAAGUGACGUUCUAUCCACAGGGCAGUUCCACGCCAAGUUCCAAUUCCGUGGCUUCCGGGAUGCUAGUGCUCAUCGGCAACCCCCGACGCUGGUUAGUGGUUUUAGUGGUGAUUCUGGUGGCGAUGGGAGUGGGCGUCGGUGUUCCGCUCGCACUGCGAACCACGAGUGACGCUGGCACCUCGCUACAGGAGCACAUGGAAAUGGCAACACGACUCUUGCACGAAGUUCCUCUAGUGGACGGACACAACGAUCUGCCGUGGAACAUCCGAAAGUUCCUGCAUAACCGACUUCGAGACUUCCGUUUCGGGGAAGACCUGCGUAAAAUAGUGCCUUGGUCCAGCAGUCCCUGGUCGCACACAGACUUGCCAAGACUACAAGCCGGACUAGUGGCAGCACAGUUCUGGGCGGCAUAUGUGCCAUGCGAAUCCCAAUUCCUGGAUGCUGUUCAGUUAACCUUGGAACAGAUCGACGUGAUCCGGCGAUUCACAGAGCAGUACCACCCCACACUAAUACUGUGCACGUCAGUUGCUGAUAUCAAAGCAGCUCACACUAAUGGACAGCUGUGCAGUCUCAUUGGUGUUGAGGGUGGACAUUCUUUGGCCAGCAGCCUUCCUGUGCUGCGGACACUGUACAGUGUUGGCGUACGAUAUCUGACACUCACGUCCAAUUGCAACACACCAUGGGCUGACUCACUGCUUGUAGAUGGCCCUGGGAAGCGACCAGAGCACAACGGACUCACCAACUUUGGAAAAAGUGUGGUUAAGGAGAUGAACCGACUGGGAAUGUUGGUUGACCUGGCUCAUGUAGCUGUGCGUACGAUGUUAGCAGCACUGGAAGUAAGCGGAGCUCCUGUCAUCUUUUCCCAUUCUUCAGCUAGAGCACUAUGUAAUACUACAAGGAAUGUGCCUGACCAUGUUCUCAGGCUUGUGGCUCUGAAGGGUGGCUUGGUGAUGAUCAAUUUCUACUCCCAGUAUCUGACAUGUCGGAACACAGCCACUGUGGAAGAUGCCGUUGCUCAUAUCAACCAUGUGAGGGGUGUUGCUGGGGUAGACAGUGUCGGGAUUGGUGCUGGUUACGAUGGUAUCAAUUUCACCCCAGAAGGAUUGGAGGACGUGUCAACUUACCCCACACUUUUUGCAGCUCUGAUCAGAACAGGGCAGUGGAGCAUAGAAGACUUAAAAAAACUUGCAGGCCUUAACUUCCUCAGAGUUAUGCAAGAUGUUGAGAAGGUAAGAGAUGCCAUGAGAGCAGCAGGAGUUGGUCCAUAUGAGGAUGAUGAUACAAAUGUGCGCCGAACACAGAAGAACUGUUCUUCAACGAAUUUCUUUUAAGAAUUAUGCUACAUUAAUUUAAAUAAAACAUAAUGAACAUCAAAUUGUUGUCAUAUUAUGAAGCAGAGACUUGGUAAUGAAUGAAGGCAAGACUAAGCCAGCUAACCUAAAGUGUUGCAAAAUCAUAAUCCUGACUAAUAUGUAGCAAUAAACUUCAGUCCAGUUUUGGCUUAUGCAGAAAUUGCUGACUGUGAGAACAAUAAUAUUACAAAAGUAGAAACAGGUAAGCACUAAAGAGGGUAAAUAUAUGACAUGAGUUUUUAGACUAUGAUUGGGACAUAAAUAGAUGGACUAUGUAAUGUACAAUAAUUUUAUGUAAAAGUAUGUAUCAAAAUUUAAUGGAAAAUAAUUGGAAAUUGGAAAAUGGUCUAGCCUGUGGGAUUUCAUGACAAACUAAUUUUACACUACACUAUGAAUAAGAUUUAUACUUAAUCACUGAUAGAUUAAUAAUAUGCCUCACAUAUUUGAGCAUCACAAAGUUAGUUCAGCAUUAUUUUUAUUAUCUUGUGUACUUUUGGUUUGUAGAUAUAGUUAACUAGUUUUAUUAUUUUUAUAAACUGCUAGACAGCCACUGUGAUGAAGCUCAUCAUGACCUGCAAAGUGUGUAUGCUCAUAAGACAACAGCACCUGUAAGGAUGCAGCACCUCCUUUCCUUUGUCAGGAUAACUUUUCAUUUGAACUGCUUCCUUUAUGAUGUGUCACAGUGAAAAUAUCCAGUCAAUGAACAUUACUUCUGCAAUGCAUAUUGAUCAAAACAUCUUGUAUACUGGAUCCUGUAUUAUGGUUAUGUAUUGGGUACCACAUGGUCAAGAGUCUUCAAUGUUGUGAAGCUUCAAGUGAAAAGAGAGUGUCAUGGAUCAUACAAAUAUUAAUGUAACAAAUUAAGCAGUCACGGUAUAAUGUUAAUAAAGAAUGUAAAUGGUAAUGUAAACAAGUUAAAAGUUGCUCACUUCACUUAAUUUCUUACAUUAUUUAUAUACAUAUAUUUAUACAUACCU